CGGCUGAGAGAGAGGGAGAGAGGGUGUGUUUUUGAAUCACUGCAGCAUCAGAACAGCGAGAGGAGAGGGCACAAUCAAUUUGAUAGAGAAGAAGAAAAGGAAGAACUAGGAAGAAAAAAGGGAGGACAAGGAGUUGCCAGAGGAAAAGAAGGAUCAACACCCCCGAGGCCGUCGUUUAAACCUGUGGAGACGAAGACAGCAGGAGGGCGUGGACCUGAGCGAGAGAGAGAGAGAGAGAGAGUAAGAGAGGGAGAAAAGAGAGAGAGGCUGAAAGCAAAAGGAAACCAGGUAGAAGAAAAGGAAGAGUGGGUGUGACAACAGAGAGAGAGAGAGAGAUAGAGAGAGGCUGAUACACACGCUCGCUCGGCAGGAGUGUGUCCAGAUUGCCCUCUGUGUGCGUUUUGUGUGUGUUGAGCAGGUGGGACUUUGAUGGGACAGUGAGCAAUGCCUCGCACGCAGCGACAGCAGGUUGGCAGUAGGGGGCGACGCACCCCUCUCCCCCUCCUCCUCCCUCUCUUCUCCCUCCUCCUAUCCCACACUCCUCAGCUCAGCCAAGCAGCUAUACACAUACCUCCUAACUACCAAAUAAAUGAAUUCAUAAAGCCCCCAGUGAUCACCACCCAGCCUGAGUCCAUCACCGUGUUCGGUGCUGAAGACAUCCUCCUGACCUGCGAAGCCUCAGGAAACCCUCCUCCGGAGUUUCGUUGGAAAAAGGAUGGGGUGGAAUUUAUCCCAGCCAAUUACCCGGGCCUGUCGAUGUCUCUGGGUUCCGGAACCUUCAUGACAACAGGGGCAGGGUCAGGACCCAUGAGCCAAUACCAGGGCAAAUACAGCUGCUACGCUGAUAACGAGCUGGGCACCGCUGUCUCUAAAGAGGUCCAGCUCAUCACUGAGAACACCCCGGCCCUCCAGAAAGAGAAGAAGGUGAAAAAGAAGGUGGAAGAAGGAGAGAGUGUGAUACUGAAAUGUAACCCUCCUUUCAGCACUGUUCCUCCUGUCAUCCACUGGAUGGACAAGAGACUCCGUCACAUUGAGCUGAAUGAUCGCGUGACUCAAGGCCGGGACGGGAACCUCUACUUCUCUCACGUUACAGCUGACGACAACCGCAACGACUACACCUGUAAUGCCCAGUACCUUAGUGCUCGCACCAUCCUCUCCAAGGAACCCAUCAGCCUCACCGUAACCAUCUCUAACUCAGUGGUGCGGAAUCGAAGACCCCAGAUGAUGAGGCCCUCAGGGGCUCACAGCACUUACCACACCCUCCGCGGCCAGAGCCUGGAGCUGGAGUGCAUCGUCCAGGGCCUCCCUACCCCUACAGUCCAGUGGGUGAGGAAGGACGGUCAGCUGUCCGAGUCUCGUACACUCAGAGAUCUGUCUGACCGCCUGCUGCGCUUCAGUAACAUCUCAGAGAGCGACGGGGGAGAAUACCAGUGUUCAGCCAACAACUCACAGGGCACGGUCACACACAUCUACACCGUCAGCGUCGAAGCUGCUCCGUACUGGACCAAGGAGCCCGUGAGCCAGCUUUAUGCCCCAGGAGAGACAGUGAGACUGGACUGUCAGGCCGAUGGCAUUCCCUCGCCUGCUGUCGCCUGGAGCAUGAAUGGAAAUCCCAUCACAGGUAUAGACCUGGACCCCAGGCGUACUGUGAGACAUGGAACUCUGAUUCUGAGAGAUGUGGUCAUCACUGAUACAGCAGUCUACCAGUGUCAGGCCCACAACAAACACGGAACCAUCCUAGUCAAUACCUACAUCUUUGUCAUCGAGCUGCCGCCUCAGAUCCUGAGUGCGGACGGACAGACAUACACUGUCACAGAGGGACAGAAGGCUGGUCUACACUGUCAGACCUUUGGGUCUCCCAGACCUAAAGUUACAUGGGAGGUGGACAAUGGCGCGUCUCUACUGGCUGACCCCAGGGUUAACCUGCUGACCAAUGGAAGCCUCCAGAUCACCAACAUCUCCCAUGACGACGAGGGCCUGUACACCUGCUCCAUCAGCAACACCAACAUGUCAAUCAACGCUGAGCUGGAGGUGCUGAACAGGACAGUGAUCCUGUCUCCUCCCGGGGACCUGCGUGUUAGGCCUGGGAAGACGGUCAUAUUUACCUGCCUGGCUCAGGUGGACUCCAAACUGACCCCCCCACACAUCCAAUGGAGGAGGAGUGGACAGAAGCUAAUGCAGUCGUACGCUGAGGACAAGUACACGUUUGAGGGCCCCGACCUGAUCGUGGCCAACGUGCAGACUGAGGACGAGGGGGUUUACACCUGUGAGGUCAUCACUAACCUGGAUAUGGCUGAGGCCAGCGGAUCCAUCACGCUAGUCGACCGUCCAGAUCCUCCCACCCAGCUCCAGGUCUCUGACCCUAAAGACCGUGGAGUGACUCUCAGCUGGACCGCUGGAGAUGACCACAACAGCCCUGUCAUAGAGUUUCGGGUGGAGUUUAAGGAUCAUGUUUCUAACGAGUGGGGUUGGGAGGAGCUGAAACGUGUUAGUGGAACCGAAGAGAGUGUGAACCUUGCCUUGCAGCCCUAUGUGUCCUACCGUUUCCGGGUCAUCUCUGUCAACGACAUCGGGAAGAGUGAUCCCAGCACGCCUUCUGACCUUCACAGCACGCCACCUCAAGCUCCAGACAACAACCCUGAGGAUGUGAGGAGUGAGUCUACAGACCCAGACACCCUGGUCAUCACAUGGGAGGAAAUGGACAGGCGUGUGUUCAACGGACCGGAGUUCCAGUACAAGGUGUUCUGGAGGAGGGUAGUAGGUGACGGCCCCACCUGGCACUCUAAUGUCACCACUGAGCCACCGUACAUUGUUACUGAAGUGGGCAACUUCUCAGCCUUCGAGAUCAAAGUACAGGCUGUCAAUCAGAAAGGGGAGGGACCUGAGCCAGACCCUGUCAUUGGCUACUCCGGAGAGAAUGUCCCCCUGGAGGCUCCUAUGGAUGUGGGUGUUGUGCUGCUCAACAGUACAGCCAUCAGGGUAACAUGGGCAGCAGUGGACAGAGAUACUGUCAGAGGACACCUACUGGGAUACAAGAUCCACCUGACAAGGUUCGGCUCCAGGGGCCACCACCGGGGUCGGAGGGCCAGAGAGCCGGAGAGCAGCAUGGUGGUGGAGACAGGGGCCAAUGAGGAGAAGAGGGUCCUGGGGGGCCUUAGACCCUACUCCCACUAUGCCCUCACAGUCACUGUGUUCAACAGCAAGGGAGAGGGGCCCCCCUCCGACCCCCCCCUGUCAUUCAGUACCGACGAGGGAGCUCCUGGCCCCCCCAUGUCUCUCCACCUGGAAAGCCCUGCAGAGACAGAGAUGACCCUUCACUGGACCCCCCCUUCUCAGCCCAACGGGGUUCUCAAAGGAUACCUGCUGCAGUAUCAACAGAUCGUGGAGAGUGAUGACAGCCCGGUGCAGGUGGAGACCAUAGACGACCACACGCUGACCAAACUGACCCUGAAGCAGCUGGACCCCAAGAGCCGUUACCGCUUCUACCUGAGGGGCCGCACCUCGGCCGGGGACGGAGAGCCCAUUACAAGGGAGGGCGCCACCACGCUGGACGGAGCUCCUCCGUCCAACAUCAGCUUGUCUGUAGGUGAGAAGUCUGUUAACCUGAGCUGGGUGCCAGGCCAGAGACACAGGAGUGUGGGCUUCCAGGUCCAGUACCUCAACAAGAACAGCGGUGGAAAGUGGAAGCAGUCUGAGAAGCUGAACUCGUCCCAGUCAUUCUACCAGCUGAAGGGUCUAACCCCAGGAUCACAGUACCGGCUCAGAUUUACCUUCAGCAACAACACCUUCUGGGAGACGGAGAUCAGGACAGAGGGAGCAGGAGUGGUGGAUGUGCAGACAGGCUUUGCUACUCAGGGCUGGUUCAUUGGGCUUGUGAGCGCCAUCGUGCUGUUGCUGCUGGUACUGCUCAUCCUCUGCUUCAUCAAGAGGAGCAAGGGGGGAAAGUAUUCAGUCAAAGAUAAGGAGGAGGGUCAGGUAGACUCUGAGGCGCGCCCCAUGAAGGAUGAAACGUUCGGAGAGUACAGACUUUGGAAAAGAUCUCUAGAAAGCGAUAACGAGGAGAAGCGGACAGCCAGCCAGCCGUCUCUGUGUGACGAGAGCAAGCUGUGUACCAGUGAGGACAACCUGGAUGGCUACAACAACGGCAGCAGUGCUGUCACCGAGGUGAACAUGGAGGAUUCCCUGGUCAGCCAGUACAGCCGGCCCAGCGAAGCCACCCCGGACCCGGGUACACUGCAAGACAGCUCCCCCCUCAACCCCACCGCCGCCACCCCAACACCCACCAACAACGGCCUGCCUAACUCGGUGGCCAUCUUAGAUUAGACUAAAGUUAAAGGCCGCCAUUUUAGAAUUAAGGUUACUAAGGCAACAGGACUGUCUGUCAGACCAAAACAUAUCUGUCAACAACAUGUCAACUAUAACAUGUCAAUGAUACAAACAUGUCCACAGCCAACACCCUUCUAGCUAUCUAUAAUACAUGGGUUUAUCUACUCGACUGACAUUUCCAUCGAUAAGUUCACUGACUAUAUGAUCAAUAUACUACUGACCAUUUAGAUACAUCUGUUGUUCAAUAGGGGAGAGUGGGGUAAGUUGAGCCAUGUUUUACAUUCACAAUCACCCAGUCAUUGGAACUAUAGCAUUCUUUCUAACAAAGAUAUCUACAUAUAUUUCAGGGUGUGUCUCCCUGGAAAUAAUCCAAAUGAAUAAACAUGAAAGUUUUGAAAACAGCUUAUCCAAAAAGAAGUGGUCUCUUUCCACAGUUUACCCUGGGUAUAGGAUAUGUUGAGCUACGCUACGGAGUAAAUUAAGCUGCUUACAAAUUUCUGUACUGAAAUAUUACCACUACCUUUUUAAAUGUAUUUCCCAAACCCAAACCCAAUUCCACACAACCACAAUAGAUUUUUUUUGUCUUUUAGUAAUUUAACAGAUGCACUAUGCAGAAAUUGCUCCGCCAUUUCCUGGUUGCAAAAAUUUGAAUAGUUCGCAUAAUUUCAGUUUCUGCGACAAAACAACUCAAAAUGGAAUAGAUUUCAGCUCUACAGUAUAUCUGACAUGGUACACGUGUCUUCUUUUUUGUAAGCUCAGAACCAUGUGUGUGAGGUGUAUACUUUGUUUCAAUGUAGGUUGGUGCUCACAAGAGACACUCUGUGUGACCCUGAUAUAGCCCACUUAAGCAUAUUUUAACACAGGCUUAACACCUAACAAACAAUUUGUACUAUUUUUUAACACUUUUAACAUCGGCCUAGCAUUAUGCCUGGGAAGAAAACACUUGCUCAACUUGCCAUUGUUUCAACCAUGGCUCAUCUUACUCCAUGGCCAUUGGCUCAACUUACCUCAAGGCAAACAUUUUGAUAAUAUUAGCCCAUAUAGCAACAAGGAUGCACUUUCAUGCUAGGUUUAGGACCUCAUAUUGAAUCUUAUAGAGAUCCCAAAUUAUGUAUAAAACCAUCUUUAAAUGAUCUACUUUGGUUUAGACGGAACCUCUAACACAAUAAAUUAAUUUGACUUGGUGAAAAUAAUUUUUGGGGACCUAACUUGCUUACCACUUUUCCAUGUGCUUUCAUCCUUCACAGACAGAUCCUACACAGAAAUUGUGACCUCUUCCUAAAUAUUUGGUCAAAUGAUACAUUUUGUGUGUGGUUUCCUAGAAACAAAGGCGGCUCGACUUACCCCUUUGGCUCAACUUGCACCACUCACCCCUAAUGUUAUCUCUCCAUCUGACAGACUAGACUAUUUGACCAAAGGAGUGUCCUUUUGAUAAGACUGACGUGACAGACAGACAGACAGACAGACCCACCUCAGCCUAAAGAUGUCCCGUGACCCGUCUUUCUCUAUGUAGUUUACAACAUACCUGAGUGACAGACCUUCAUAUCUCGUGACUCCCCCACUCUUUCUCUCUCACCCUCUAUCAAAUCAUUGUGACAUAUUGGACUGGGAGAGAACGAAUUAUGAAAAAACGAUGCUAGGAAGAGAAGCCAAUGUAAUUUCAGGUAUGAUGGUACACAGACAUGAAGGGAAGAUGUGGAUACAUGGGAAGGGAAUGAUUGACAGACAGAGGCUUGCGGGAGGAUACAGACAGCGCAAGCUAAUGUGGGUUACAAAUGGCAAGUCUUACAGAUGUUUAUUACGUUCACCUUUUUUAUAUUAUUUGCCAUGAUUUCAAUCUCUACAUCCACUUUUUUAUGUCUUUGACAGUUGGCAACAAUUUUUUUAUGAUUAAUUUAUUUUUCUACUAACUUUUUGAAUACAAAAAGUCAACAUGGUUUUGCUUUGUAUUUUCUCAUUUAAAAAAAAAAGAAAGAAUAUAUUGUUUUAUAGAUCAUUUGCAUAUAUGAGGUGAUUCAUAUUUAGAUUUGUUUUCUACAUAUUUCUACAUAAAUCAAGAUAAUCAUAAUUUUACCCUUGCCAGGUUUUCAUAGUAAAUGAAUUGGGUGAAAAUGCUGUAUAGCAUUAAGCAAAUCGGUGUAUUUUUGUGCAUUACAUCUAUCUAUCUAGCCAUAUACAGUAUUAUAGAUACAGUAUGUAUGUACAUGUUCAUUAUGAGUUCCAGUGCCUACUGGCCCUCUAUACAGAGCACCAGAUUACAUGCUUACUGUAGUCUAUUCUACUUUACUCUCGCCUUUUCACCACAAGUGUGAUGUCAUUAUUGGUAUGAUAAUGUAAUUUAUGUGUAGACCUCUUUGUGUACUAGCUUUCUGUAUUUGUUCUAUCUGUGUCUCUUUCUACGGUGUAUUAAACUAUGUCAGCUGUUAAACGUUAUCUUUCCCAUACCUCUUCAUGUCAUAGUAUAACAUAAUACUAUUGCACACUGUAAUGUGUGGUAGGAAGCAGUAUUUCUACAUAUUUACAGUUAGCAGGGAGUGAAAUACACACACACACACACACACACACACACACACACACACACACACACACACACACACACACACACACACACACACACACACACACACACACACACACACACACACACACACACA